GUGUCUGCGUAGCUGGGUAUGGACAGUCUGGUGGGAAUGAGAUCCUGCAGCUGAUCCCACCACCAACGCUGCAGGCAAAGGAGACACAGGGCCUCUGUCCAGAGAGAGAUUUCAAGGUGGAAUGUGGUGGAUUUUCAAAACGCCCAGUGUACAGCCUGAAGUGUGUGCCGGACACUAGCUUGCUGGUGACAAGUGGCCCACCUGACAGCUCCCUCCAGAUCUGGCAGGUGUCAGCAGAGGACUCUGAUGUUAUUAAAUCUGUAAGUGCCAUAGCAACAGAAACUGGCACUGGGCAGCCCUGGGCUAAAAUUGCCACCAUCUCAGCCAAAGCCCCCUGGGUCCUUCAUGGCUCAAGACUUGACAGUGUCCAAAUUACAGAGGUUGAGUCGAGGAAAAAUGUCUACACAGCAGCCUCCAGAGACAGUGAGGAGCUCAGUGGCUUGGCCUUCCUGGACUGCAACACGCUGCUGCUGUGCUGCACCAAGGGCCAGCUGUGCCUGGCUGACAUCCGGCAGCCACAGAGUCCCGCGGAGGCCUGUGUCUGUCCCGUUGGCACCGUGCGUGCAGGGCUCCUCACCCUGACAGACCUCCGGAAAACCUCCGAGCCCUUGGCCUCGGCAAAGGCCAGAGUCCCCUCUCCAGGCUCAGGUGGAGAGUUCCUGUGCGUCUCCUGGGCUCCUGCUCUGGAAGGCUGCCUUGCUGUGUCAGGUUUUGACGGGACCGUGCACGUGUAUGACACGCAGAGCUGGGACAGCUCUGGCAAGGAAGCAGAGCCUGUCUUUGUCCACAAAGGGCACGCGUUUGACGCCGCAGACAGCAGUGGGGACCCUCCCUUGGUCACUGUGCACACAUGGCACCCACAGAAACCCAGGACUUUGUUGUCAGCAGCAAGUGACGGUUCUCUGCAUGUCUGGGACUGGGUGCAGCCCUGUGGGAAGUGUGGGUAG